AUGUGGACGGAAUAUUGGACAGCCAACAAUGACCACAUACGCUUAUUGCUAAAAACAACGAAUAAGGAAGCUUGUGGAGGUAUACGGGAGCAAUGUAUUAAACUGCAUGAUAGAAGGGCGGGGAAGAGUGUUGCGUUAACUAAACAAUGGAUUCAUUCCAACACAUGUGGUUUUCCGCCGCGCAUGGAUAUACCCCUGAACCAGAUUCUGGGAUGCGAGAAAUAUUCCGAAUACAGAAACGCUUCCGAUGGGGUUUUAUAUGAAACAUUGAAUUUCGCUUGGGGUUACUCUUGGCUAGAGACAUGCUUAAGGCUAUCGACUCCUGGAUUCGAAACAGCAGUCUUCAUAGACACGAAUCGAGUUCACUACGAGAUUCAUACAAUGCGCACCUUCAUCCUCCCUUUCCUCCUCCCACUCCCACUCCUGGCGCCUCUCAUACACUGCGACUCCUCCCCAACAGCCACCCCAAUUCCUUCCGCGCAGUCAACCCCCAAGCAAAUAAAAAUCCGAGAAUGCCUCAAUGCGCCUUACGAUAAUCUAACAGUUGUCCCUUCUGCCAUAACUACCCUCGAAACCACGCUCCGCGCCCUGAAAACACCCAUCCUCGUCUCCCGCAACAUGGGUGCUCAACGAUUCCGCGCCUCCCAAAACGGCACCUGUGUCGAACUGCUCAUGCAGAAUUGGAGCUGCGACCACGACCUUUCCUUGGAUGGGAAGAGUCUUGCGUGGGCAGUCGAAAGUAUUGCGAGUCAAUCGGGACCGGGGGAUGGAAAGGGGUACCGAGUGGUUGGGGAUAUUAUCAGGAUGAUACGGGGUAUGAUUAUGGGAGGCAUUUUGCUUGUUCGCCAGGAGCGUUGGCAGGGUAAGAAAGAGAGAAAGAUUGGAAAGAGGCGGUUCUACAAUAUUUGGUGGCGAGGUGCUCGUAUAUUUGUAUGA